CUUCUACCAUUUGAAGGAAAAAGGUACCAUGCUGUCCGCACGACUCACGCGACCGCUUGCGAGCCGCUUGCAACCACAAACAACACACGCACUACGAUCACUAUCGUCAGGGUGCCAGUGUCGGUCGCUUGCCACAGUAACCACAGCAACUACGGGUCCCCGCCACCGUCGACGAAACAUUGGAUAUAUUGCCUCGGCUGCUGCAGCGGUGACACUGUCCUACGGUUUAUGGCGCCAAAACGAGGCACAUUGUGAUGCUGUCUCGGAUGACAAGCAGCGGCGAGCAGAAGGUCCCAUUACAGACAGCGAUCCCAUGCGUCUCCGUAUGGAAUCCUUUGUCAAGGGCCUACAGAACCGAAUCGUGCAAGACGUCGAAGCAAUUGACGGCAAACAAUUUUCACGCACAGCAUGGCAACGCUCUGAAGGCGGGGAAGGAAUCACAUGUGUAUUACAAGAUGGCAAUGUCUUUGAAAAAGCCGGUGUGGGCGUCUCGAUCGUGUAUGGCCAAUUGCCCAAGGCAGCCGUUGAACAGAUGCGCCACGAUCGAGGUAAAGAAAUCACAGCCGAUGGUCCCGUCCCCUUCUUCGCUGCCGGCAUUUCGCUGGUGAUGCAUCCACACAACCCCAACUGCCCUACUGUGCAUUUGAACUACCGCUAUUUUGAGAUCGAGAACCCAGAUGGCACGCCCAAGAUGUGGUGGUUCGGUGGUGGAUCUGACUUGACACCCAGUUAUCUCUUUGAGGACGAUGCGAUCCAUUUCCAUCAAGUUCUCAAGGAUGGGUGUGACAAGGCGGACAAACGGUACUAUAAGGAUUUCAAGCAGUGGUGUGACAAAUACUUUUACAUCAAGCAUCGUGGUGAAGCACGCGGCAUUGGCGGCAUCUUUUUCGACGAUCUGGAUGACAAACCCGCAGAAGAAUUGUUUGGAUUCAUCAAGGACAUGGGCAACCGGUUCUCCCUUUCCUACUUGCCCAUCGUCAAGAAGCGCAUGAACAUGAAGUUUACUCCCGAAAUGAAGCGAUGGCAACAGAUCCGUCGUGGUCGUUAUGUCGAGUUUAAUUUGGUGUGGGACCGUGGUACCAAGUUUGGCUUGCAGACGCCUGGCGCACGCAUUGAGGCGAUCUUGAUGUCUUUGCCGCUCACCUCGCGGUGGGAAUACAUGCAUGAGCCGGAGGCAGGCACUGAACAGGCCGAUUUAGUAGAGGUGCUCAAGAACCCACGGGACUGGGUUCCUUUGGAUUAAGUACAUAGCCGCAUAUCUAGAUUUGAACAAAAAAAGCCUCUUUUUUUAUUCUUUCCAUUUUUCUUCUAAUUACUGCCGUAGCGUGUUUCCUUUUGUAUUACAGUACGAUUAUCAUGUUCUACCGAUAUGCACUGCAUUUUACUAUUUUGGUUAUAAAGUAGAAUCGGUGACAUCGUUCUUGAUUUGUAUAUGACUUGCAUAACACACACCGCACAGCGAGGCGGUUUCAGUGUCCCCAGGCACUCAAUUGGGCUUUUGGGUUUGCGGACCUUACAAUCAUAGAGCACGCUACAAAUUUUGUUUUUUUUUUUUUUUCUUAAAGUUUUGUUGCCAAAAUAA